AUGGCCAACACGAAGAUUCCAUCGGUUGAAAAUGAAGAAAACGCGUCAGCAAGAAUGGACAGGGAAGUAACCCAUCCGAAAGAGAAGAAUAACACGCACUAUCGACGCGCAACUGCGGAGAGGACAAGACAGGAAUGUUAUAAUUGCGGAAAAAUAGGACACUUCGCCAUAGAGUGUUAUUCGAUAGGAAAAUGGAAAACCAGUUAUGAAAAAUCGUGCAACAUAUUCCACAAAGAAGGAUAUCCGGCUCGAGAGUGCCGAAGAGCAGGAAGUAGUCAACGCGAGACUUAUUCUACAUACGACAAUAGGAAUCAAGGACCUAGAAGGAAUUAUGAAGAAAGACAGGACCAAGAAAACAGAAGAAAUUUUCAAAAUUAUAGAUCGGAAAAUAACAGAGAAUGGAAACCCUCAACGGGAGCAAUACCCAAAAAUAGACAGCCAUCGAAGUCAUACGAUCGCUCAUCACCGGAGAAUAAUGACAGGAGGAAUUUGAACGAAUAG